AUGGUAACGUCAGCUCCAGUCUUGAAAUAUUUCAAUCCAAAAGAUCCAAUUAAAGUCACGUCGGAUUCGUCAAAGUUUGGUCUUGGAGCUGUUCUUGAGCAACGAGAGGAGGGUAAGUGGAAACCUGUAGCUUUUGCCUCCGGUUCAUUGACUCAGUCUGAGCAAAACUACACUCAGAUUGAAAAGGUGACUCUCAGUGUUGUAUUUACUUGUGAGAAAUUUAAGGAAUAUUUUUAUGGACAAAGCCUUGUUGUUGAAAAUGAUCACCAGCCCUUGAAAGCAAUAUUUUGGAAGCCACUGAUUAAGGCGCCAGCAAGAAUUCAAAGAUUCCUGCUAAGGCUUCAGCCUUAUAUGUUUACUUUCAAGUUUGUAUAAAUGGAAAGGACAUUCCUGUAGCAGAUACACUCAGUCGUGCAUUCUUAGAUGUUUCAAAUCUGGAAAUACCUGAAUGUGAACUAAAUUGUUUUAAUUUGUACACAUGAUUAAUGAUCAGGGAACAAUUUCCAAGUCGAAAUUGUCCGAGUUUGCUACGGAGACCUCAAAGGAUCCUGAUUUACAGAAAUUAAAGAAUUGUGUACUAAAUGAAUGGCCAGACAAGGCGAGACAAGUUGAUCCUGCUGUAAGGCCAUAUUACAGUUUUCGAGACGAAAUCACGCUAUAUGAAGACGUCUUGCUCAAAUGUGACAGAACCAUGGUACCAUCAAGUCUUCGAGAUGAAAUGCGACAAAGGAUCCAUCAUGGUCAUCUUGGAAUAGAAAAGUGUAAAGCUCGUGCCAGAUCAACACUUUAUUGGCCAGGUAUGAUUAGUGAAAUUGUUGAUAUUGUUACCUCCGCCAGGAGGUUAUGUAAUCAUCUGGGUUUGUAUGUGUGUAUGUGUGUAUGUGUGUAUGUGUGUGUGUGUAUGUUUGUGUGUAUGUGUGUGUGUUUGUCUCGGCGGUGAGCACGAUAACUCAAGAAAUACCAAACAUAUUCAUACGAAAUUCUUUGAAUGCAUUUUCCAUCGGCUAAGUAAGAACCGAUUAAAAUUUGGUCGAAUUUGGUUAAAAAUUGAACGAGAAAUGAACAAAAUUUUGUCUUGCUUUUCCCGGUCAAUUAAAAAAAACUCACUAAAUGCGUAAUUAGGAUGUGUAUAAUGUAUGCACGCAGUACUAAGACAAUAAUGAGAUGAUAAACCUCAUUAAGCUUCAGCCUUAUUAUCUAUUGUCUUAGUUGCAUUUCACACGACCGAAUUUCAAUGCGGGCGGAGUUAUGCAGUCUCUGAGUGCCCUCUAGUUUUUAAUGCGGUUCGGCACAUGAGAAGCGCGACGUUUGAAACAGGCCUAUCCUGCCUUGUGUUGAAGUUGACUCCACAUUAAAUCUUAACACUCACUUUGAGGCUUGUUUUAAACGUGCAUCAACAAGGUUACGUCUACUGUCCAAAAUUAGAGAUAAUUGAAACGUGGACUCUGCGAGACUGA